GAUUGACAGAUGAGAAAACAUACAAGUCACCCAGCGUAUAAAAGAGCAGCACACUGCGGUCCGGGACGCUGACUGAAAGAAGAGAAACUCUUCACAGAUCAUAAAACACAAUUUAUAUUAUUCAGAGUUUGAGAAAUCAAAGGCCUCAAUGUGCAAAGGUCUUUCCUCGCUGCCUUCAUCAUGUCUGGAGAAGGCAAAAGGAAUGAGGGUGAAGUUAACUCACAUGGCUGAGACGCACCACAAGAACAGGAUUCAGGAUGCAAAAAUCAUCCAGGACUUGGAAACUCUGUUAAGCAGCAAAAGCGCUGUGCAGGCCUUUCGCUGCUUCCUGUGCUCGGAGUUCAGCGAGGAGAACCUGGCCUUCUGGCUGGCCUGUGAGGACUACAGAGUCUCUCCAUCAGCUCUGCACAAGGCCAAGGCCAGCAGCAUCUACAGCCAGUUCAUCGUGCCCGAGGCGCCGCAGGAGGUGAACCUGGAUGCUGAGACGCGCGACGCCCUGCUGAGCGGGAUGGACUCUCCGUCCGGGGACACGUUCAACGAGGCCCAGCAGAGGAUCUACACCCUGAUGGCCAAGGACUCCUUCCCCCGCUUCCUGCGCUCCCACCACUGCGCGCAGGUCGCCAAAGCUUGCUGAAGCACAGAAUAACCAACCCGUACCGCAUGAUACGACAAAUGUACUCCCAUCAGUUCAGUGUGGCAGUCUGUUUUCUCAGUUUUGUGUUAAUCAGGCAGCACUCUCCUUGUGCGUUGUACACUGUGUGUUGUGGUGAACUUCAUUGUCGAUGUAACUGACUCUGAAGCACAAAUAAACUGCAAGCGUUGUUUUGAAGCACACCUCA